AUGUGCGUACCAGUUGUGGUAGCAAACAAUCUCUCACGCCAUAAUAUUAUUCCACCGCGAGCUCCGCCGCAGCUCACUGCCGACCGGAAUAAUGACGAUUUCUCGGUCUCAAAGAGAAACUUGUUCCACAAUUCAGUACCUCACUUUCCUAUGGCUUUAAUUAAACGUCAACUAGUCUCCAGUCAUGGUUCAAAAUUAAGAACUCCUACCACCGGCAUCUUAACCAACAUUAAAAGGAAUAGUGUGAAUGUCUUCUAUAGCGACCCAAUUAUUUACAAUACAGUCGUUCGAAGUCUGGGAAAUUAUGUGAACGAGCUAUGGCAUACAACCCCAUCCUUCACUCCCUUCAUGACUGAAACCCCACUCCCUCCACCCCUCCAAUUCGAACCAGACCCGAAGCAAUCAUACACCAACGCCGAUGAGGUCAAACUUUAUAACAUGCGGGCCAAGGAAGUGACAGUAAUGAAAAAUGGAAGGAAGCGAAGUCUUGCCUCAGGCAACAUAGCCACGGGUGCCAGAUCAUCUGCUUUCUUCACCAGCAAGUUUUUCUUUCAUCCAAUGAAGUCGGUACCGCCACCACCACGUAAUUUUGCGGGGUUCAAGAGGCCGCCCGCCUUGGAGAGGAGGCCCUCAAAGCUGGCUUAUGCUGGCGCUCUCAAAUGCCGUGAAUUUGCCAUGAUCAAUGUUAUGGGCGAAAUAUUUAAAGCGCCUGAUAAACCAAAAACCAAAGGGCUACAGAAAAUGCCUGGUCCUUUUAAAGAGCUUAGGGAUGCCGCUAUCGACCCUAACGACGGCGGUGACGAUGAAGAAAAUAAAUUUAACCCAGGAGAGAAUUUAGAACGCAUCCAAGAAAGUGCUCAAGCAAUAUGCGACUAUAACAUCGAGACAUGGCGAAAUCGACAGUCAAAUUGGCACACGCGCUUCUACGAGGUUGGCUCCUUCACUCGCGAAUAUAUUCCCACGAACUAUCCCACCGAUGGCAAUUCCAAUAGGGCCUUCUCUCCACCACCUAGCCGCUCUAAGACCGACAUUCAUAAGCGCCGUAUCGACAUCAAAAUCGGCCGAAAGUAUGCGGAAAAGGAUGAAGGUGAAGACACCAUAUGCUACCUUGAGGCCACCAAAUAUGUACUGAUAUGGUGUGGUCGGCAUGAGUUGACCCUGUUCCACACGACCGAUUGUGAGAACUUGAAAAUAAAUAGUGGAUGUGACCUCGAAUAUUGCCAGUUGAAGGUAGAAGAGGCAGAUGAAGGGCCUGAGAAAAAGCCGGGAAAGCGGGAGGAAGCACAGGUCAAGGAUGAAUCUGGUACUGAAUCAAUACCAAAGGGACAAAAUCAGCAGAAGCAGGCACAGAAGUCAAUUCGAGAGGGGGAGAGUAUUAAUAGCCUGUUGCAAACCCACCACUAUCCCGAAUCUAGUUUAGGAGACUUAAUGGUUUGCAUGUUGCGUGCAAUGGCACAUGGCUUGUUGGUUCAUGCUCUGAUCGUACUUUCUGCAAUUCGUCUUAAAUUCCGACACUUACAAGAAAAGGAUGCCCGUGCCCGGAAGAGAGUUACCAACGCAUUGACUUGUCUCGAAUUCGAGCUUAGCGCAGAAGCAAAAUGGAGCUAUAUCUUUUUAAGAUCAAGUGAAGCAGUGGUGGGAGAGCAAUUCAUUCCUAAAGGGCUUUCUCGUACAUCCGUUGAUGAUUCAACGGAAAAGAUCUACCUGGGGAGAGAGGCAUGGGUUCUCCGCGCUAGCCCCCCGUUUAGCAUGAGUCUAGGCUACAGCGGAAAGCACUUCCAUCGCAGUGGAGAAGACAUGGGGUGCCUCAUAAACGACGAUCCGACAAUGCGGAGUAAAUGCGGAGAGCAGACAUCCUACCUCGGGCAAUGCAGGAUGUUCUCCAGUUUCAACCCGACUUCACAAUUUGCCUCACAUGUAGAAAUCCCUUCAGAGUACCUAACCUCGCUUUUCGGCUUAUCAAGCAAGACAGCAAUCCUAACCCGGGCAACCGGCGGCCUAGGUUCCGCCAUGGCCAUCGGUCUCGCAAAAGCCGGGGCGGAUACCGUAUCCAUCGAAGUCCUAAACGACCCAUGA